AUGACACCAUUACUUCAUCAGAAAAAACCUGUAAUUUUUUAUUUACAUGAAAUCUUUCAAAAACUUAACGAUCUCAAUAUUUCUUUACAAAGGCAAAGCAUCAACAUUGUACGAGCCAGACACUUGAUAAGGGCGUUUGUGAAUAAACUCGUUCUUUGGAAACUUCAAAUUGAAGAUCAUAACUUUCAGCAGUUCGCGAACUUAAAAGCUGUUGUGGUAGAUAACGACUUGCACAAAUAUAUAAUCAGGCAUCUAUCUUUCCUUCACGAAAACUUUAAUAUUCGUUUUGAAGAUCUUUUGGCUUUAAAUAUCCCAAUUUUUGUGGGCUCUCUUCACACAAUGACGAUGAACGAUAUACUUAUUCAACCAGAAUGCGUUCAGAUGGCGCUAUGUGAGGCGACGGUAAAUGAUAAUCUGCGCAAAUCGUCUGAAAACAACUGA